AUGGCGCAGCCGGGGGGCUGGGCAGCAGUGGAGGACAUUGUGGCGUCACAGGCAGUCGCCGCCAUGGAGGAUCUUGCGAGGGAGUACAUGGCGUGCUUUGGCGUGGGCCACGUGACGCCACACAUCAUGAAAUGCCUCAUGGAAGUUGUAUGCCCCGAAGCCAUGGACGACGCGAAGGUGGCCGCUAUUGAUGAGAUGAAGUCCCUUCAUCUCGGCGCGCAGCCGAAGCAGGCGGCUUAUCUGCUACGCACGCUCUUGAGCCCCAGAGCUGCGGGCGUGAGAGAUGUUGUCUCGCGCUGUGCCGCGGAGCGCCGUCGGCUCACGCUCCAGAUGGCGCGGAUUUCCCCACCGACGCCGUCAGCGCGGCUGGAAGUGCUGCCGCAAGUGAACAAGAUUGGGGCGGAGGAGGGGGCUCGUGCCGUAGGAGGAGUUCUUGAAUCGCGGGAGUUGCUCUGUGCGUUUGCUCAGCGGGCUCAGCCUCUAGAGACUGAGCUGCGUCACGCCCGAUCCCAGUGCGGGUUGGUGGACGAGAUGCGCUCGUCGGGGCUCGGGCUAGUUGUGGAUGCCACCGCAGCCGUCGCUGCGACGGACAGUGCGGACCCCACGGGCGGCUAUGCCCCGUCAAGAGAUUUUGUGCUUCAGGCGGCGCGGCAACUCUUCGCGGAGUCACUUGCCUCCCGUGCGACGGAAGUGAAUAGCGGUCGGCGUGACGAAAGGCAAAAGACGCUCCCACCGCAGGAAAGCUUGCAUGAAAAAGGAGAGGCACGCCUGGGAGAGGUUGCUCCGGCGACGCGAAAAACCGCACAUGACGCGCCACCGCUUAUGGGCUUCUCUCUCACGUCCCCGAAGCCAGUUCCUUUUCAGAACUCUGAGGACCAUGCGGGGAGGGAGUUUUGCGACGUGCUUCCCCCAACGACAGAGGCGAUUUCUGCACAGGCCCUCUCUGCUCUGCUGGCGGACAAGCGUCCAUGGCGCGUUCAAGAGGAGGAGCGCAUGUCACAGGAAAGAGCCUGGAGCCCGCUUGGCAAGAACCGACUUGCAUACGCGGAGAUGCCGACAGGCCCCUCGGCGUACACGCGCCAGUCGGGGGUGCGCCAUGUGCUACGCCUGGAGCAGCAAACCUCGCGCCUGUUAUGGUCGUGA